AUGUCGGAACCUAUCAGAAACAAGAAAGCCAACUUCCCGGUUGCUCCAACCCCUCAAAAUACACCUGCCAACAAUGCUCCUAUCUCGUCUCAUGCCCAGCAGCCUGGAGUUUCAAGUAUCUCAGAAGAAAAUCUCGAUCAUGCGGCCGCUGCCUCGAUAUUCGCACAGAACCCCGGACUUGUCUCCAUGAUCCAAGGUAGACUUGGUACCCUCGUGGGCCGUUCUUCAGGCUACAUCGAGUCUCUCCCAACGCCUGUGCGCCGUCGGGUCGCAGGCCUCAAGGGUAUCCAGAAGGAGCACGCCAAGCUUGAGGCGCAGUUCCAGGAGGAGGUCCUACAGCUCGAAAAGAAAUAUUUCACAAAGUUCACGCCUCUCUACCAGAGACGUGCUACUAUCGUUAAUGGAGCCGCGGAGCCUACUGAAGAGGAAAUCGCUGCUGGCAAGGUUGACGAGGAGGAGGAAGAAGAAGAAACCAAGGCCGAGGAACCUAAGAAGGAGGAGACUGCCGCAACUUCAGUCGCCGGAAUUCCCGAAUUCUGGCUGUCUGCGAUGAAGAACCAGAUUUCGCUUGCUGAAAUGAUCACCGAUCGUGACGAGGAAGCACUUAAACAUCUUGUCGAUAUCCGCAUGGAAUACCUGGACCGCCCUGGGUUCCGCCUCAUCUUCGAGUUCUCUGAGAACGAGUUCUUCACAAACAAGACUAUCACGAAGACCUAUUACUAUCAAGAGGAGAGUGGUUACGGUGGUGACUUCAUCUACGACCACGCCGAGGGAGACAAGAUUGACUGGAAGGCGGACAAGGAUCUCACUGUUCGCAUCGAGAGUAAGAAGCAGAGAAAUAAGAGCACGAAACAGACUCGUGUUGUGAAGAUCACUGUGCCCACCGAGUCUUUCUUCAACUUCUUCUCUCCCCCGAAGCCCCCGACCGAUGAUGAUGACACUGUCGCCACCGACAUCGAAGAACGAUUGGAACUGGAUUACCAGCUCGGUGAAGAUAUCAAGGAGAAGCUCAUCCCGCGGGCCAUCGACUGGUUCACGGGUGAGGCUCUGCAGUUCGAGGAGCUCGGCGAUGAGCUCGACCAGGACGAAUUCGACGGUGACGAGGACGACGAAGAUGAUGAAGACGAGGACGAUGAGGAUGAUCGGAGGUCAGACGGUGAUAUAGAAGAUGAGUCUGAGGAAGAAGAUGGAACCUCUAAGCCCAAGAAGGAGGCGGCGGAAUGCAAACAAAGCUGA